AAAAUUUGCGUGCCGUUUUCCACGGUCGUUUCUAGUCCCAACACCCUACACUUAAACAAAACAAAAGCUUUGCUUCUUCUCUUUCUUCUCUCUCUUCUUUUCUUUUUUCUCACAUUAUUUCUUGCAGUAUUCAAUGGCAAUUUAGUCUAGUUGAUUAAAAAUAUUAUAGUAAUCACUAAAAUAAUGGGAGAAAUUAUUAAGGACUUUUUACUUAUGCGGGAGAAGAACCCAUUAUCAGUCAACACAACACAUGCCCUCUUAAACUGAAAAAAAGAAAACCUUCCUUAUUUUUUAUUUAAUCCCCAUUUUAGCUUCAUUUUUUCAUGGGUUUUUUUCUUCGAUAAAAUCCAAGGUUCAUAAACCCUAGAACAAAGAUCAAAUUUAAUGGGGUUUCUUAGAAUGUGGUUUUAACAAAUGGGUCGAAGUCAAAAGUUUCGAAUAAGCAGCAAAUGUUUGAGAUUUUUUUCUGGGUAAUGUUCAAAACAGGGAGAAGAAUACUAAAAUUUAAUAUUUUAGUGGUGUUUUUGGUUCUUGUUAGAGUUUGAACAUGGCUAGACGUCAUGGGUGGGAACUUCCUGCUCAUUCGUUGCAGAUUGUGGCUAUCACGGUGUAUUUCUUGCUAACAAUUGCAUAUUACGCGUUCUUUGCACCCUUUGUUGCCAAGGAUACAUUCUAUGAGUACUUGGCUAUUGGUAGUUAUACUUUUCUGGCCUUGGGUGUUUUAAUACUUUAUGCUAGAUGUACUGCUAUUGAUCCAGCUGAUCCUGGUAUCUUGAUUGAACCGGACCGAACUGCUCGAUCACAAUGUGAAACCAGUUUGCCAGGUAAUGCAUCUUCAAUAGAAGAACCAUGCAAACCAGGGAUCGGAAUUGGUGAUAGGUCAGAUGCAACCCCAAGUCUUUGUACCAAAAUUGGAGGGAUCUUUUGUUUUUGCCUUGUGAGAGAAGAUUGUCGAGAAGAUGAGGAAGUUGUUCAGCAGUCAUCAGGAGAGGAAGAAGCUUUAUUUUGCACACUGUGUAAUGCUGAGGUGAGGAAGUUCAGCAAGCACUGCAGGAGUUGUGACAAAUGUGUUGAUGGGUUUGAUCAUCAUUGUCGGUGGCUGAAUAAUUGUGUUGGCAGGAAAAAUUAUUUUACAUUUGUGAGCCUUAUGGCAAUGAGCCUUCUUUGGCUUGUUGCUGAAUGUGGUGUUGGCAUUUGGGUCCUUGUUCACUGCUUCGUGUUUAAAGAGGCCACUGAACAUCAAAUAACUGAGAGGCUUGGAGAUGGAUUUUCACGCCCUGUUUUUGCCACAGUGGUGGCAUUAGGCACGACUGUCUCCUUCCUGGCAAUUGUACCUCUGGGAGAAUUGUUCUUCUUCCAUAUAAUUCUCAUAAGAAAGGGUAUUACGACUUAUGAGUAUGUCAUUGCUAUGCGAACUCAAAGUGAACCAGCUGGACCAUCAGUUGGUGGUGGAGAUCAGCAAAGCCUACCAUCUUCACCAACAAGCUCUGCAGUGACUGCUGUAAGUGGACGAAGCUCUGUCGGCAUGGGUUUGCAAUACAAAGGCACUUGGUGUACUCCUCCACGAAUUUUCAUGGACCAACAGGAUGAAAUUGAACAUCUAGAGCCUGGGACUGUGCCUUCUACAGUGGAUCCAGAUUCCAUACAACCCAUUGAUAAGGGGAAAAGGGUGCCCCAGCGCCCUGUCAGGAUCAGUGCUUGGAAGCUUGCAAAACUAGAUUCUAAAGAGGCAAUUAAAGCGGCUGCCAAAGCUCGAGCAUCGUCCUCUGUACUACGCCCUGUCGGCUCUCGACCUCACCCCUACGACAGUGAUCAGUUAUCCAGCAGCAAUGUAAGUGGGCUAAGCAGUCCUGUCAGCAUGAAGUCAUCCGGGUUUCUGAACCGAAACUUGAGGAUGGGGAUCCCGAGGCUCUCUUCUGCCAAGAGUUCUUAUCCACCAAGCAGGGCAAGCAGGGAGGACAUUGAGACCUGUACCCGCAGUGUCAGCAACAUAAGUAGCCCUCGCGCGUCACACCUUGCUACCCCUUCUCCAUUACCCUCGAAUAUAGAUAAUUUCAACCCGAUAUACCAAUCAUCAGCAAAUCAGUCGCCUUUAUCUUCAAGAGCUGUUGAGCUAAGUGAGAAUGCAGCUUCUUCAGGUAGUCUGGUGAGGCUACCUGCUAAGAAAAAUGAGCCAAAUGUCAGAGAAGGCACGAAAAAUACAGUUUACUGGGACCCAGAAGCUGGAAGAUUUGUGUCAGCUGCUUCUAGAAGUGCAGGUGCUGCUUCCUCCUCAGUGGCUCCAAGGACGGAGCUGUCAUAUACCGGUCAGUCUAUUUUCUUUGGCGGGCCUCUCUUGGAUGAGAAUUUGACAAGAGCAAGAAGUACUGGAGGUUCAGGAGCUGGUGGUGGAGCAGCAGGAGAGACAGAAAGAGGUGGUUAUUUUCAGCAGGGUAGAACACAAAGAGGUAGUCAGCUUCCUGUGUUUGUGCCUAGUGAUUCUCAAUCAGGCCAGUUACCUUCUAGGUUGCCUUAAACAAGCUAAUCUCUUCACCUAUACAGCUGAUUUAGAUCCUAGAAUUCUGUCAUCUUCUUUUUUCCUUUUUUUGUUUUUCUUUCAGCUGAUUUUUGUUUCCUCUCUUGUGCAGUUAUUAGUUAGUUAUAAUUUGAAUUGUUUCUAGCAAUUUAUGCAGAGUAAUCUCAUCAAUCUAUCCUUUUAUACUUCCUCCGUUCA